GUCGAUGGGGGUGAGGGAGGGGAGGAAUCUGGGGUGACUCCGGAGGAUGGAUUGACGGUAUAGAUAUAUAAGCGCUCCGCUGAUCGAAUAAGAAGUGCCGGAGAAAGCAAUGCGGUGGAAGGCCAAGCUGUGGUGGGACUCGGGGGCUAUUAUUGGAAAACUGCUCUUCCCCCCCCCCUCCCGCGCUGUUCCGCCGAGGCGUCCUCCUCCCCGCACCACAAACCCAGCCUCCGGAGCCAGAGAGGAAAGAUCGGGCUGGGUAACAACAAUGCGAGGGGCUCGGGCGGGGGAUUUGAUCUGAAGUAACUUGCCCCGGCGGCUGCCGCCCAGGGAGCCUUGAUUGACGUAGACCUGCUGGAAGCGGCGCAUCCAUCACCAGGCUGAGCCACAGCAGAAGUCACCGGCCGCUCCUGCAGGAACACAAAGGCGGGCGGGUAGCGGGGAAGCUCUUGACUACCGCCGGCCGCCCAGCUUCACCUUUCCUCUGGCAGUAGCUCUGCGUCCCCCGAAGAGAGCGGCGAGGAGGACACGCCGCCUCCACGCCCUGGUGCCUGGACAACCAUUGCAGAAGAGGGAAGGGGGCAGCGGACGGGAGAGAAGAAGGGAGCCCUGAGCCCACAGGCCCGUCCUUGAUUGAUUGGCUGUUCCUUUUUGACCGCCGCUGCCUCCCAUCCAAAGGAGUUGCUGUCUUGGCUGAUGGAUGCCGGAAGGUGCCGCAUUGCCUGGUGUAUGUUUGUUGGCUGCUUGGCUGGUAGGCAUUACUUGGCUGUUCCUUUUUGUCUCUGAAUGCCUUUCUUCCGGCGGAGGCUGGGAUCCCUGCGAGGCGAAAAGACCUGCUCCAUCAGUGAGUGAAAAGGACCCAGAUUUCACCCCCGGCCUCUCCCCGCUCUCUCCCCCCCCUUUUUUUUUCUAGAGGCGACGGAGAGGGACAGACGGCAGCCUUGCUGGUACUAGAUGAGGUCACUGUGUAAGUGGGCAGGGGGAGUGAAAGACGCGGUAGAGGAAUACAUCCCCUGCUUUGGAGAUUAAAAAGCUUGGGGGUAUCAGAAGAAGCAGCUAAUUGAUUAAAAAAUAAUAAUAAUCCAACUUAUCCAGCUGAUCAGCACAUGCCUCUUGAACCCCUACCACAAAUUGGUUUUUAAAUGCUAUUCAGGAAUUGUUCAGAGAGAGUGAGGGAGGCAGAAAAAACACCUUUAUUGAAAGCUUGGUAUUAGGUCGUAUUUAUUGAAAUUGCAGUUCUUUAGCUAUUUCAGCAGUGCCAAGGUGAAGAUCUCUAAUUUGCAGGGAGAAGUGGGUGGAAAUAUUAGAGUGUGCCUGUGGUGGAGGAAUUAAUUACCUCAACCUCUUCUGCACUCCCGGCAAAGUCACUGGCUGUUUGGCCUUGUUCUCUCUGGCAUCAUAAUGCUGAUCUGUAUCUGCUGAUCAAGGCAUUUUAUUUUAGUGCUGUUUUUUUUUCCCUUCACCCAAUUGUUUAAAUCACUAUUGAAUGGGAAGGAGGACGCCCGUUCUCUCUGCUUGGGCCCUGUCAGAGCCAUUAUUUCUAGUCAUCAACAGGCAAUUGCUGCAGAAGAAGAAUAAUUGGGCUCAACUAAACGUGAGUUAUAGUUUUCCUGCAGCUUCAAGCUGUGGACAGGUGUUGGAAGGCUGGGAUUUGGGGCUGAGAAAGGAGAGCAGAGCAACAGCAUUGUGUGUGUCUGUGUAGUUAAUUGGGAGAUGGAAAGGGCAGAUUGGAAUUGAGGUGCAUAUAUUAAUUGAACUAUAUUAGACAUUAGUGUUGGAGAGAUUGGUAGCAAAGAAUUACCUAACUUGUUGGAUACUAGAAAUGGAAGGGAGGGUUUCAUAAAUCAAAACCAAGAGACUGAAUUUCAAGCUUUGUGGCAGUUUGGAGGUUCCACCCCUUCUUCUGUGCAAGAAGAACCAUUAUCGGACGAAGCGGCACAAUGACUCAUUUGCAGGCAGGCCUGUCUCCAGAGACUCUGGAGAAGGCCCGAUUGGAACUGAAUGAGAACCCAGACACUCUGCACCAAGACAUCCAGGAAGUUCGGGACAUGGUGAUCACCCGACCCGACAUUGGCUUUCUUCGCACAGAUGAUGCCUUUAUUCUUCGCUUCCUGAGGGCCAGAAAGUUCCAGCAUUUUGAAGCAUUUCGCUUGUUGGCCCAAUACUUUGAGUAUCGUCAGCAGAACCUUGAUAUGUUCAAGAGCUUCAAAGCCACUGAUCCAGGCAUCAAGCAAGCACUCAAGGAUGGCUUCCCCGGAGGGUUGGCCAACCUUGAUCAUUAUGGCAGGAAGAUCCUGGUACUAUUUGCUGCCAACUGGGACCAAAGCAGAUACACACUGGUGGAUAUUUUACGUGCCAUACUUCUUUCAUUAGAAGCCAUGAUUGAGGACCCAGAACUUCAAGUAAAUGGAUUUGUUUUGAUUAUAGACUGGAGCAAUUUCACUUUCAAACAGGCUUCUAAACUGACACCAAGUAUGCUUCGAUUAGCCAUAGAAGGCCUUCAGGACAGUUUCCCAGCGCGAUUUGGAGGAAUUCAUUUUGUCAAUCAGCCAUGGUACAUUCAUGCCCUUUAUACAGUUAUACGUCCGUUUUUAAAGGAGAAGACAAGGAAGAGGAUAUUUCUCCAUGGAAACAACCUCAACAGUCUGCACCAGUUGAUUCAUCCUGAAAUUCUUCCUUCUGAAUUUGGAGGAAUGCUUCCACCUUAUGACAUGGGCACAUGGGCAAGAACACUGCUAGAUCACGAGUACGAUGAUGACAGUGAAUAUAGUGUGGACUCCUAUAACACAUCUGCAAAAGAAGUUGAAAAGGAGCUCUCACCCAAAUCCAUGAAGAGGUCUCAAUCUGUUGUGGACCCCGGAGUGCUCAAGCGCAUGGAUAAAAAUGAAGAAGAAAACAUGCAGCCAUUGCUUUCACUUGACUAGCAGUCUGAGCAUCAAAUAUGAAUUAGGGUGGAAGCUAUUGCUUUUCAGAGCCAUCCAUCGAGAAAGAAUGUACAAGUUGGAAUCCUAUUUUAACGUAGCAUAUUCUAAUGAGGCAGCAGGUUUUGCCAGGCAUCCUAGCUACCACUCAACUGGAAACCAGGGUGGGGAAAAAAAUAAACAGGAGAAAAUAUCAAUAAUAUAUUCUCUUAAGUGCCAACCUGUUUGUAAAUAGUCUUUUCCUUCUCUGUGCAUUUGUAAGUAAUGAUAGGAAUUAUACUACAGGAAAAAAGAAAAUAAAGUGGCCAUUAAUGUGUCCGAUGAAGGCACUAUAAAAGAACGGAAUGAACUCAGACAAAAAAUAGAAAAUCAGGCCCUAGAUAGAUGUCAUCCUUUUUAUACAAAGCCAUAUCUCCACUGCCAUACUGCUUUAUUCGUUUCUCGCAGUUUCCAUUUAGCAAGAUAAGAUCCAUAAACAUCGUAACUCAGAUUUGCUGGUUUAGAAGAUUGCCACAAACCUUGCCAGAGCUCAUCACGGAGAUUAUAAAAUAAUUCACUGUGGGUUGGGGGGAGAAAGAAAAGAAAUAGUUAUAGAGACAAGAAGCUAAAUACCAUUUCUUGGUAUAUUUUUUGGAGACAUCUGAUUUUCACAAUCUGAAUUUUGAGAGCUGUUUGGUUCCUGAACAUGGAAGAAGUCUCAUCUUGGUUCCGUGUCUGAGAACUUUAUCCUUGUGGAACCUAUUUCGUAAUCCUCUGCUCCUUCUACUUCGCAGAUGGAUGAAUCGUUUCUAAACUGUACGAAACAAAAGUCUGGAUACAUAUCUAUAUAUUUUUACCAGUCUCUAUACAUGUAAAGUGUCAUUGGUAGAUAAGUAUAUUUAAUCAAGGAUUUAUAUAAAAAAAUCAUACCUAUUUGGUGUGUUUAGAGUUUAUUAUAUAUUGUAUAUUAAGGCAAUGUCAUUGUUAACUUAGUAAAAUAUUAAGUACAUCAUCCUCCUUGGAGCAAAACUCAAUUGUUAGAAGAAUGGUGUGCUAAGGCCAUCUUUUGUUUGUGAUGUAAUUGUGUAGAUGAGAUAUGUGCCAUAUUAGACUGAAAUAACAUUUUUACCUCAGAAGAUCAAACAGUACCUGAAGUGGACUGUAGUUUAGGAGUGUGUCUUCAUCUUUGAUUGUGCUGAUCUGCAUGUGUAUUUCUGCCGUACAUCAAAACAAGAAUUGCACCCUACAACUAUCUUUCCUUCAGAAAGAUUUAAUAUUACAAUAUAGUUGAACAGGAAUGACAAGAUCUCUUGCUUGCAAAAAAAAAAGUAUUAUGAAUAAGCUUUCAAGGAUACUUGAAAUCCUUGGCCAUGAUGGGAUUCAUUGUAAUCCUAAUUUUAAAAGGUCUUUGGUUGAAAAAAAAAAAGCAUGAAUAUGUUCUGAUCACUCUGCUCAAUUCAAAGAUUAUCUCUGCAGGCUUCAUGGGUAAACUAUUACAUCUCAUGUUGGCUCUACCAUUGUUGUGUGAUUCAGACGUUUACUCUUUUCAUCAGAAACAUGUUUUCUGGUGAGUCAUUUCCAUUACUAAUUACUAUUAAUAUAAUGUGAGGCUGUAGUACCCGCUAGACCAUUUUAUAUGCAAUUGAAUGCUAAGAUAAGAAAGGCGCAUUUGCCUUAAUUUCUCUUUACCUUGUGUUGAUUUUGACAGUUGUGUUCUUCAUAGUCACAGGCAUUAACUUGAUUGUGUUAUUAAAUCAUCCUCAUUUUGGUGGUAUAGGGCUACAUACAAAGUUACACCAUAAACUUCCAUCUCUCUUGUGGAGUGUCCUCAGGAGGAUCCUUGUAGGGGUGAGCAUAAGACUUCAGUAAGAAAGUUCCACUUGGAAUGUAUACUUUUUAUAUCUAAAAUGUCCUAUGUAUUAAGCAGAAAAUUCUCAGUGGAAGAAUGUUGAAUUAUUGCAUCAGAACUGAUCGCUACUGGUAGAAAUGACUUAGCAAGACUUGAUGCUGAUCACAUCAGAGUUCAAGGCAUGUCUCUGAAACAACACUUGCAUCUCUUAGGAUAUGCUACAGCUUCCUUGGAAGGAUUACAAAAAGUAAGCAAAAGGUGAAGUCUUCUUCACAUUGAACUUGACAUGGUGAUUAUUCAUGAUUUUUUCCUGAAUAAUCACUGCUACUGCCUUCUUUUUUAUUUCUUUAUUUUUGCUUCCUAGUCUAGCUUAUAGCUUGAGAUUUCCUGAGGGUCUGUCAUCCAAAUAUUAAAAAGAUCCAAUCUUAUUUCACUUUCCUGGCCAGCCAUGUGUUAUUAUGUAUGGUCACUUGCUGAGACAUUAGAGCAGGAGUCCCCAACCUGUGGGCCAUGGUCCACUACCAGUCCAUGGUCUGUUCACAACUGGGCCAUGUGAGUGGCUGGCUGGUGUGAACGUGUACGUGCUCGCACACAGCCCCACUCGUGUGAGUGCCACAGGUGCUUGCGGUUCCACUCGUGGGCACUUGCAGCUCCACUUGCGUGAGCAUUGUGAGUGCGCAUAGCCUCACUCGCAAAAGCAACAGGUGCUCAUGCACACACACACGUGUCUGCCCCUCCUAUACAACCAUCACCUCUUCCCCCCGCCCCCCCCCGGGCUGCUAAUCCGGAAAGAUUGGGGAACUCUGCAUUAGACUACAUGUCAAUGCAUUCAGAAUUACUGCUGAAAAGAUAUUGAACUGGCAAUAGCAAUCAGUCUACUUUCUUUAGUCAAGUACUUAUAUAAAUCAUGUUUUGAAGCAUAUUUGUCACAUUCACAUUUUCUGUUUUAAGUGCAUAGAGAAAAAGAAAAUGGCCAGUUUUUUGGCAUCUAAUUUUGGCUUUAACCUAUCUUCUUGUACCGUCACCAUCAGAAGGAAGAACUUGACACAUCUGUACUGUCCCAGGGUAAUUUCAGGCUAAUAAGUUAGAAGUAAGUCAGUUAAUUUAUAUUUGUCCUUUGAAGGUUCUUGAACUUAAAAGUCUUCUGAGCACCUUCUGUACAUUCUUGUAAGGCUUUAUAGGAAUAAAAAACAGCUGGACAAUUAGACCUUGGUACACAUAGUCCUCAACUUAUGACCACAAUUGAGCCCACGGUUUUUGUUGAUAAGUGAGACAUUUAUUGAGUUUGGCCCCAUUUAACAACCUUUCUUGGAACAGGUAAUUGAAUCACUGCAGUUAAGUUAGUAACACCGUUGUUAAGUGAAUCUGACUUUGUUUGUCAGAAACUCACAAAAGGUGAUCACAUGACCCCAGGACAU